AUGUUUGCUCCGCUCUCCAUUCUGGUGGUAUUGGCCUCUGUGGACGGUCUCCGAUCUCUUCAAGAUUGCUCUUAUGGGACUAGUUACUGUCAACAGAUGUAUGAUAUGUACAAGGACCCCUCCUACAUCAGCGGCGCGGAAGCUCAAGAGGCCAAGGGAACCUACUGCAAGGAUUGGCAGUUUGUUGGCAACGAGCUCGGCAGUGUUUGCUACGGUCUAGCGUGGACCGAUGGGUUGGACUCUUCUAUCUGCUACCAUAGUAAGAUGUGA